GCCGUCUGGCAACACUUCCAGUUGGCCAAAAAUUGAUUCCAUUGCCAAGAAAACUUUGAUACGCAAAUGAAAUGGCAAGCGAUUUUCCGCCUUCAGCCAUCCGAAUUUGGAUGCACAAGCUGAAGAAGGGCGUUGGGCAGCCGGCGACGGUCCUGGAGCGCUCUCUGCUGAAUCUUAUGAGUGCAGAGGCAGCCAGUUUGUCAGUGAAAAAUGCCACGGAGCGAGGCGUUCUUGUGCCCAGAGCGGGGGGCGGAAAAUCCAAGCGUCUAGCCCUCACCUUUUGCCAAAAAGUAAGCAGGCUGCCCAGCUCGUCAUGCGAUCCAUACUGCUUCGAGUGCCAUUUGCCCGGAGUCGUUAAGAAUUGCAUAUCCUGCGAUCGCUCCUUCCACGAGAAUUGCCAGCGCCAGGAUCCCGAAAAGCCCAACUAUUCUGUUCCCUCGGACAAGGGUCAACCUUACCAGUUUCCCGUCAACGAAUCGGACAAUCUGCCCCUUAACAACACUCAGAACAUGGAAACUCCCCGAACGCCAACGCCCCUGCUUGAUCAUAAUAGCAACAUCAAUCAGACUUCACUCACGGAUAUUCUCAAGCACGAGACCACCGAGUGGGACGACGACGUCUUCUUUGUGAGCGAACAAAAAGGCGCCCGCCAGCGAAAGUUGCCCAGGAUUAAGAACGAACUCCAGAGCAGCUUGGAUAGCGAUGAAGGCAGCGAUCUGGAGCGCUGCACCCACUGCCGUUUGCUCGCCCUGGCCGCUCUCCACAACCCACCGCAGCUCGACAAGCAGGAGCUGGGCUGCCUGUUGAAGUACUCCUGGGACAAGCACUACUCCUGGAUCUCCAUGGAUGUGACCAAGUACAUGGCCAAGCACUGGAACGAGCGCGACAAGGCCCUGGUUAAGCGGAUCCUCUUCAAGACAAAGAUUUUGGGUCUGGGCGACAUCGAGCGAAACAUUGAGGCGGAGAAGUAUACGUACUUAACGGAGUUCCUGGUGGAUCUGCUCGAUCUGCAGCACAACAUAGCCGUGUUCUUUGGGCCCAAGAGCGUGGAGUACAAUGCCACCAAGUGGCUGCUGAGAGAUGUAACGCACGACAUCCGAGAAAUCCGUCGAUGCCCUGACUGCUACAGGUAUUCCAACGAGGCCAGCCUGUCGGAUCUCUGGUUCGCUAAGCCAUGUCUUCAGCGGCACGAGUUGGUAUUUGCAAAGCAGGCGGGCUUUCCACCGUGGCCUGCAAAGGUGAUGAGCGUCUCCAAACGUCAGCCUAUCAAGUACGACGUCCGCUUUUUCGGCGGCACUCAUUCCCGAGCCCUCAUCUCAGAACGUGAUAUUACUCCCAUAGAGUCGGACAUUCAGUCGCAUAUCAAACCACGAAACUCCCGAGCUCUGAGCGCUGCGUUAAGAGAACUGCAGUGCCACAUGAUGCUGUCCCACUAUUCCGCCUCGCUAUUCGGCUUCCAUGCAGAUCCCACCGUCGCCGAGAAUCUCAUUAAGGUGGCUCUGUCCCAUUGCUCGGAGUCCACGGAAACGGGUGCGUCCGGCAAACGAGGGCGGCCAUCGACUCCGGCCACUCCCGGCGCUCCAAAGAAGCGAAGGCUCUAUAACACCACUUCUGAUACCCCAUCGCCGGUGCCCAAUCGUGGGAUUACUGACUCUGUGGCGUAUGAUAAUCUAACCGCUGAAAUAGUGCAGGCGCAUGAGGAUCUCCUAAAGUGCCGAAGGGAGCUCUCAGCCACGCAAAGGAAGCUGGAUGCAGUUAAGAGGAAGCAGUGGUGCUACCAUUGCCUGGAUGAGGCCGUUUUCAACUGCUGCUUCACUGCCUCCUACUGCAGCGUGGAGUGCCAGCGACGUGAUAAGAGACGCCACCAAGCAACCUGCAAGGUCACUCACUAAAAUAAGACUACAGCUGAAAAUCGAAAACAUUACAAUCCAAAGUGAUAAAAUCUUGUUUCCUACACUCCUUUUGUAUCAAACGUAUCCGUUCUUAAGAUAUGCAGCAUUAUUUCAAGAAGAUAAAGAUUGUUGAACUAGUAUUACUGAAAAA